AGGUGUCCGCUCUCAGUCGCUCUCAGAUGCAUCAAGGGUUUAGAAGUGCUAACACACAGAUAGGACACACACACCAACACACAGACCUGUAUAUAGGUACAUACACCACCUAGACUGGAGGUAUUUCUGUAGAGAGGCCCUUGCCUCUCCUCUUCUCUUUGGUGUGACGUUGCACCCACACCUGCCCAGUCACAGCCAUGUGUGACAUGGGAGGUCUAGAGAACUUGGUGGCCAACACGGCCUACCUGAAAGCCCAGGCCGGCGACGACAAGGAGAUGCGGCGGCGGCGGCGGAGCCUGGCACUGCCCAAGCCCGAGCAGUGCUCCGCCAUGCGCUUCUCCGUCAGCAACUACUUUGAGUCGCUGUGCGAGCAGCAGCCCAUCGGCAGGAAGUUCUUCCGGCAGUUCCUGCUGGUCUCCGCGCCCGAGUACGCGGCUGCUGCCGAGUUCCUGGACGAUCUCGCCGACUGGGACCUGGCCGAGGCCGGGACCAAGGACAAGGCCCGGCAGAACAUCAUCAACCGGUUCUGCAAGGCCGACUCCAAGAGUUUCCUGUCCUUCCUGACGGGCGGUGCGAAAGAGAGGUGCAAGGCUGUUACGGACAAGACCUUCGAGGAGGUGAUGAAAGGGCAGGUGAGGGACGCCACCAGAGACUUCCUGAGGGGGAAGCCUUUCACCGAGUACCAGAACAGCCCCUACUUUGACAAGUACCUGCAGUGGAAGCAGUACGAGAGGCAGCCAAUUGGCGAGAAAUACUUCUACGAGUUCAGGACCCUGGGCAAAGGAGGCUUCGGAGAGGUGUGCGCUGUGCAGGUGAAGAACACGGGCCAGAUGUACGCUUGCAAGAAGCUGGACAAGAAGCGCCUGAAGAAGAAAGGUGGUGAGAAGAUGGCCCUGCUGGAGAAGCAGAUCCUGGAGAGGGUCAACAGCCCAUUCCUGGUCAAUCUGGCCUACGCCUACGACACCCCCAGCCACCUGUGCCUAGUCAUGUCCCUGAUGACCGGCGGCGACCUGAAGUACCACAUCUACGACAUGGGCGAGCGGGGCAUUAACAUGGACCGCGUGGUUCACUACACGGCGCAGAUCACCAACGGCAUCCUGCACCUCCACGCCAUGGACAUCGCCUACCGCGACAUGAAGCCAGAGAACGUGCUGUUGGACAGCCAGGGCCAGUGCCGGCUGUCGGACCUGGGGCUGGCUGUGGAACUGCCCAACGGGAAGACCCUCUGCCAGACGGCUGGCACGAGUGGCUACAUGGCCCCGGAGAUCCUGAAGCAGGAGCCGUACCGCAUGUCUGUGGACUGGUGGGCCCUGGGCUGCAGCAUCUAUGAGAUGGUGGCAGGGCGUCUGCCCUUCAAGGACUACAAGGAGAAGGUCCAGAAGGACGAGGUGGUCAGGAGGACCUUUGAAGACGAGUGCAAGUACACCCAUAAGAACUUUGAUGCCCUCACCAAGAAAAUCAUAGGCCUGCUCCUGAAGAAGAGAGUCAGUGAGCGACUCGGAUGCCGUGGUGAUGACCCCCGCAAACACGAAUGGUUCAAGUCCAUAAACUUCGCCCGUCUCGAGGCCGGGCUCAUCGAGCCUCCGUGGACACCCAAGCCCAACGUGGUCUAUGCCAAAGACACGGGCGACAUCCACGAUUUCUCCGAGGUCAAGGGCGUGGUGUUUAAUGUCAGCGACCAAAAAUUCUUCAAGGAGUUCAGCACGGGGGCGGCGCCGAUCCCCUGGCAACAGGAAAUGAUUGACAGCGGGCUCUUCGAUGAGCUGAAUGAUCCCAGCAGGUUGGAGUCAUCCUCUGCACUGGUCGGUGGGGAAGAGAAGAAGUCCAAGUCCUGCACGUUGCUGUAAGGCUCUGCAGUGCAGACAUCAACACAAGAGGCAUUCACUCUCACUUCUGCUCAUUUUGCUUAAUUAUAAAAGAGGAAGAUGUGAACUCCUGGCAUAUAUUUGGCAAUAUAUUGAUAUGGCAAAUCUGAAUUGAUCUUACAUUUAGCAUAAUAUGCCACGGGGGUCAAGGAACAAAACAGUCCCAGAUUGUUAGCUCUAUUGAUGCCGUCUGUAAAUUGAUAUAUGCCUUUUAAUAUGUUUCUGACUGAAUUCAAUUUUUUUUUUUUAUGCUAAAGUUCACAUUGUCAGAACACGUGUAAAUAGAGGAGUUAAUUUGUUACUAUCCUCUUAGCCUUACUUUCUUGGUCUUAAUUAGACUUCUCACCAAGCCUCCAGUAAAAUGUUGCAUAUAGACGAUGGUGGCUGUAGUACCUAUUAUUCACCACACUGUGUCAGUAUAUAACCACUAGAGAUUCAUCUCUCCCCCUGCCAUCAAGAUGCUCACCAACUGCCUUUCCACGGACUAAAACUUGCAGGAUAAAAUAUAAAAAAUGUUUUUCCUUACAGGUAUUUUACUUUGUGGCAUAACAUUGGUCAGCAUAUAACAUAACUUUCUCUGAAGUCAUCUGUUUUGUGGUAAAGAUGUGGACUUCAUUUGAAGUCUUGUUAAUUGUUAUUCCUAACUGAGGUGCAAUAUGAGUCCUAUGAUGCCUAAAGAAAAUCCAACAGGAUCUCCACCAUCACCCUACGUCACUGCUGGGCUGAAUAGUUUUUAUAUAGUGCAUUUCAGCCUAAUAUUUGAUAGUCACGGGUGUUAGAAACUUUAAAGGUUCAGAAAUAAAUUAAAACAAUCAAGAGAUUGCCAUGUGCUCAACUAUUUUCAACGACUUUUUUUCUGUUCAAAUGAUACUGAAAAUGACAGUGAUGUGAUCAGUGAUCCUUUACAAUGGCAAAGUACAUGUCAGGAGAGGAAUCGUUUUUGAUUGAUGGUUAUAAUCAUUUGGUCACAUCAUGAUAGUCACAUUCCUGUGUGUCACUCACUUACAACACGUGUGGUCACCCAUAAACCUUAAUGUUGUUUGGUGCCUAUAUGUUUAACAGUGUAACUUUAACAAAUAGGUGCUAGCGUAGCUUUACAAAUGCUGUAAGCGCACAUGGUUGCACUGUACCUCUGCUCAUCUGGGGUGAUUCUUCAAAUGUAGCCUGGAUUCUGGCUACACAAGUGCAAAUGUAUAGAGGCUAUAUGAGAGAACCGUUUCCAAAUGUUUUGUUUGUAUUUGUUUUGUUUGUUUAUUUGUUUUGUUUGGGUUGUGAUCGGCAGCUUGAAGAAAAUACAUACCGGCAGUGGCUUUGUACUGGUGGCAAAAGGCCAGUAAAAACAAAGAAAAAUUCAUCACGUAGAUAAGAAACAAAAUCAUGUUUCCUCAUUAGUGAAUGUUGCAUAGCUGCUAAAUAUUUACAUUUUGUAAGUUGAGUUGCAACACUUGGCUUUAGUUAUAGUAACUCAUUUAUUUAAUUAGUUCAUAUUCAGUGGCUGUGUGAUGUAGUAUUCUGUCAAGUUUACGCAGUAAUGAAAUUGAUAUCUCAUGUGUAAAUGUCUGCCAUGUCUUUGUUUGUUUGUUUGUCUGUUUGUGCACUUGUUUCUUUCAAUGGAGAGGUCUGCUCCUCACCAAAUGUCUCUGCAUUCUUUUACACACUGACUAAUCAUGUUUGUUGUUCUUGCUUUGGUUUUGUUUUGUUUUGUUUGUUUUCAGGGGCUCUUUGGAAUAGUGUAAUUAUGGGAAAACAAAAAUAAAAUAGUGAUGCCU